UCCUGGGCUCACACGCACACCCAUCACGAGGUCCCCCAGACACCCAGGUCACAAGAUACCUGAAUGUGGAUUCGACCCAGACAGGAACGUUUCCCCCUGCACGAACGCAGCCCUCCGAUGAGUCAUGAAUUGCGCAACUUUCUCCUGCUCUCCCGCCUUCCCAAAACCCUUAAUAAAGGUGCCAGGGACCCCAGCUCGGCAGACUAGGCAGACUAGCCAGAGCCGCUGGCUUCUCUCCACCAGUUUCCUGAUAUCGCUGCGUCUUGUCUCUUCAUUAUGUCAUCCGUAACGACUUCACAAGUCGCCCUAAAGGGCACUGCAGCAGAGUGCUGCCCCUACUGUGCGUUCCUUUUCCUGGGCUGACCUUUCGAGUGCAGGGUCCUGAGUUGAAUUUGGCAGCUUCCUGCCCAUUUGCUCUCAUUGGUUCCAGUCUGGCACUUAGAAGAAACUGGGAGAGAGUUUUUGCAUCUGCUAACUUGCUUCUUGAGGUUAAGAUCAAGACUGUCUGCAUUGGAAUAAAAUAAAACAAGGCGUGUGUGUGUGGGGGGGGCGGGGUGUGCUCCUUCUGAUAGCUGAAAUUACCCUCUCCAGCAGGUACAUCCUGCCAGCGUCUUGUCUGGGCCAUAGCCCCCAGCUGCCUGAUCUUUCUGGGCUAAGAAGCCUCUCCUUGGAGAUGAACGACAUCUUGAGUCUGGCUACAACACUGUUGGGUCUGAUGAGGCAUCUUGCGAUCUGGAACUACACCUGGUCUCCAGGUGACGAGACCAAUUCCCUCGGAGGUGGACUCCGUGGCAGCGUGCGCACCCUCCACAGAUCCAUCCUUUCCCUUCCCACACGCGGCUCUCUCCAGGCUCCACCCCAAAAAUCUCCAGAAAUUUCCCAUCCCGGAGUUGGCAAUUGGAUCCAAACGGGCCGUCUGGUUACGACAACUCUAUGGGCCGGGCCCUGGCGGACGCAGAGGCGCGCUCGGCGGUGACGUCAUAGCCGCGCGCCGCCGUUUUUGUUUGACGACAGGGCUCCCGGCGCGCGGGCCCUUGGAUACCGGGUCGGGAUGAGCGAUUCGGAGCGCGACGCGGGCGCGGAGGAGGAAGAAGAAGAGGAGGAAGAGGCGGCGGGUGGCGGGGCCGAGGCGCGGGGCGGGCGGAGGGCGCGGGGCAGGCCGCGGCUGACGGAGUCGGACCGGGCGCGGCGGCGCCUGGAGUCCCGCAAGAAGUACGACGUGCGGCGGGUCUACCUGGGCGAGUCCCACGGGCCGUGGGUGGACCUGCGGCAGCGCAGCGGCUGGAGCGACGCCAAGCUGGCCGCCUACCUGCUGGAGCUCGAGCGGGAGCAGCGCGCCGGCCGCCGCGGGAAGCCAUGGGAACAGAUGCCUUAUGAGCCACAGCGGAAGAAAAGAAGAAGGCGGAAUGUGAACUGCCUGAAAAAUAUAGUGAUCUGGUAUGAAGACCACAAGAACCGCUGUCCCUAUGAGCCACACCUCUCAGAGCUGGAUCCCACCUUUGGGAUGUACACGACUGCUGUGUGGCAGUGUGAGGCUGGACACCGCUAUUUCCAGGACCUGCACUCGCCCCUGAAGCCGCUCAGCGAUUCUGAAAACGAGUGUGAAAAUGUUGGCAACGGCACAGGGUCCGAGAGCUCAGGGUCCUCCGAGGCAAACUCCAGCUCCGAGUCUGAGGAGCAGCCGGAGAGCCAGAAGGCUGAUGCCAAUGUGGGGCGGCAGCCUCCAGCAGAGACAGGAGGGGAGAGCGCCAAUGGGCUCAUCACACAGGACGGCAUCCACGUCCCCUUUGAGCACCACAUUGAGAACCUGACGGCAGAGCAGGGUGCUGACAUGUGCUACGACCCACCGCUCGGUGGCCCGGAGACCAUGGAGACCGUGGUGUGUGUGCCCGUGCCCGUGCAGAUGAGCUCAGGCCAUGGGGCCCUCUUUGAGAGCGUCGCGCAGGGGGCGCUCGGAGAGGUUGUGGCCAGCUGCCCCGUGCAGGGGAUGAUGCAAGGCUCGCAGGUGAUCAUCAUCGCCGGCCCUGGGUACGAUGCCCUGACUGCCGAGGGGAUCCAGCUGAACGUCACCAGUGGCGGAGGGGAGGAGUUGCCCUGCACCAUGAUCGAGGGCGUGGCGGCCUAUACGCAGACGGAGCCCGAGAGCAGGCAGCCGAGCACCAUGGAGGGCACUGGCACAAGAACAGAAAACGAGCAGCAGCUUGAACUCAAACAAGAGGAGCCUCCAGCCGAACUCGACACUCUGUGUGACUCAGAAGCAGCCGGUGAUGGUGUGGUUGGGGAGCCAGAGCCUGAACCUGAGGAGGAGGUGGAAGGCAACGGGUCCUCUAUUAUCUAUGAAAUCCCAAAAGAGCCAGAAAAGAGGAGGCGGAGCAAGCGGGGCCGCAUGAUGGAUGCAGAUGGCAUGUUGGAGAUGUUCCACUGUCCCUACGAAGGAUGCACCCAGGUCUAUGUAGCACUUAGCAGUUUUCAGAAUCAUGUCAACCUCGUUCAUCGGAAGGGGAAGACGAAGGUGUGCCCUCACCCAGGUUGUGGCAAAAAGUUCUAUCUGUCUAAUCAUCUCCGGAGACACAUGAUCAUUCACUCAGGAGUGCGCGAGUUUACCUGUGAAACGUGCGGCAAAUCCUUCAAGCGGAAGAACCACCUGGAAGUUCACCGCCGAACACACACGGGAGAGACCCCGCUGCAGUGCGAGAUCUGCGGCUACCAGUGCCGGCAGCGGGCCUCUCUGAACUGGCACAUGAAAAAGCACACUUCGGACGUCCACUACAACUUCACCUGCGAGCACUGUGGCAAGCGCUUCGAGAAGCUGGACAGUGUCAAGUUCCACAAACUCAAGAGCCACCCAGAUCACAAAGCCCCCUGACUCUGGCUUGGCCUGAGGUGGUUUUAUUUGUUGCACCCCCCACCCCCAGGGCUGG